CUCGGCGGAGGCUCGGACCGUGCGGCCCCGUGAGGCCGAGUUGGGCCCCGGGAGGGACGGUCGCCUGAAGUGAGUGUGUCCCGUAGGCCCGGAGCAGGCUUCUCGGGAACUGGGGCCUGGUAGGGGGAGAGGAGGGGACCCCGGGAGGGAAACGCCCCGGAGGAGCAGCCCCCGGCCCGGGCCUCGGGAGCCUGGGGCGGAUGAGCGCGUCCCGGCGGGGUCUGCCUCUGCUUUCACAGUCCUCCACGUUUUUCCAAGAGCAGCAGAAAAUGAAUACAUCUUUGGGGCCAGUGUCAUUCAAGGACGUGGCCGUGGACUUCACCCAGGAGGAGUGGCAGCAGCUGGACUCUGAGCAGAAGACAACCUACAGGGAUGUGAUGCUGGAGAACUAUAGCCAUCUCGUCUCCCUGGGGUGUCACAUUAUCAAACCGGAAGUUAUCAUCAAGUUGGAGCAAGGAGAAGAGCCAUGGAUAGUAGAAGGAGAAUUCCUACUUCAGAGUUACCCAGAAGAAGUCUGGAAGGUCAAUGAUCUGAUAGAGAGAGUCCAGGAAAAUGAAGACAAACAUUCAAGACAGACUGAAUUCAUCAACACCAAAACCCUGAUUGAAGAGAGAGGUAAUGUUCUUGGUAAGACUUUUAAUGUGGAAACAAACCCUGUUCCUUCAAGAAAAAUAUCCUAUAGAUGUGACUCAUGUGAAAAGAGUUUAAAAUCUAUUUCAGAAUAUAUUAGUAGUGAUGGAAGCUAUGCAAGAUUGAAACCUGAUGAAUGUAGUGCAUGUGGGAAAUCACUUCUCCAUGUUAAGCUUGAGAAAACUCAUCCUGGAGAUAAAUCUUAUGAAUUUAAUCAAAAUGGGGAAGCUUAUACUCUAAAUGAAGAAAGUAUUUAUCAGAACAUUCAUAUUUUGGAGAAACCCUUUGAAUAUAUUGAAUGCCAGAAAGCCUUUCAAAAGGAUCCAGUUUUUGUUAAUCAUAUGGAGGAGAAGCCCUAUAAGUGGAAUGAAUCUGAAAUAGCCUUUCUCCAAAUGUCAAACCUAAGUGUACACCAGAGAUCUCCUGUGGAAUUGAAGCCCUAUGAAUGCAAUGCGUGUGGGAAAUCCUUCUGUAAAAAGUCAAAAUUUAUUAUACAUCAGAGGACUCAUACAGGAGAGAAACCUUAUGAAUGUAAUCAAUGUGGGAAAUCCUUCUGCCAGAAGGGAACCCUCACUGUACAUCAGAGGACACAUACAGGGGAGAAGCCCUAUGAAUGUAACGAAUGUGGGAAAACCUUCUACCAGAAGUUACACCUCAUUCAGCAUCAGAGAACUCACUCAGGAGAGAAGCCCUAUGAAUGUAGUUAUUGUGGAAAAUCCUUUUGCCAGAAGACACACCUCACACAACACCAGAGAACACAUUCAGGAGAGAGACCUUAUAUUUGUCAUGACUGUGGAAAAACCUUCUCCCAGAAGUCAGCACUCAAUGACCAUCAGAAAAUUCACACAGGUGUGAAACUCUAUAAGUGUAAUGAGUGUGGGAAAUGCUUCUGCCGCAAGUCUACUCUCACUACACAUCAGAGGACACAUACAGGAGAGAAACCCUAUGAAUGUAAUGAAUGUGGAAAGUUUUUCUCUAGGUUAUCAUAUCUCACUGUACAUUAUAGAACUCAUUCAGGAGAGAAACCUUAUGAAUGUAAUGAAUGUGGGAAAACCUUCUACCUGAAUUCAGCCCUCAUGAGACAUCAGAGAGUACACACAGGAGAGAAACCUUAUGAAUGUAAUGAAUGUGGAAAAUUAUUCUCCCAGUUGUCAUAUCUCACUAUACAUCAUAGAACUCAUUCAGGAGUGAAACCCUAUGAAUGUAAUGAAUGUGGGAAAACUUUCUACCAGAAUUCAGCCCUUUGUCGACAUCGGAGAAUACAUAAAGGAGAGAAGCCCUAUGAAUGUUAUAUAUGCGGAAAAUUCUUCUCUCAGAUGUCAUACCUCACUAUACAUCAUAGAAUUCAUUCAGGAGAGAAACCCUAUGAAUGUAAUGAAUGUGGGAAAACCUUCUGCCAGAAUUCAGCCCUUAAUAGACAUCAGAGAACACACACAGGAGAGAAAGCCUAUGAGUGUUAUGAAUGUGGAAAAUUCUUCUCUCAGAUGUCAUAUCUUACUAUACACCAUCGGAUUCAUUCAGGAGAGAAACCCUUUGAAUGUAAUGAAUGUGGAAAAGCCUUCUCUCGGAUGUCGUACCUUACUGUACAUUAUAGAACUCAUUCAGGAGAGAAACCCUAUGAAUGUAAUGAAUGUGGGAAAAAAUUCUACCACAAGUCAGCCUUCAAUAGCCAUCAAAGAAUACAUAGGAGAGGGAAUAUAAAUGUAAUUGAUGUAGGAAGGCUUCUCUGAAGACAAACCUCAUUUUAUGUCUGAGUUUUUAUGAGUUUUCAUUUUAUGAAAAAACCCUUUCAAUAUAAUGAAUAAGAAACUCCUACUGUUGUAAGUCAGAGAGUUCACACAGGUGAAUGUGGACAAGCCUUUGUGCAUUAGUCAAACUUGUAAUCUGCAAGUUCACAGGGUAGAAAUCACAGUUGUAACAAGAUCACAUGAUUUGUUGGAUACCAGACUAUACAGGAGUUAAAAUUUGUAAAUAUUUAGAACAUAUAUAUGUUUCACCGUGGAUUCAAACUGUUACACAUAUCAGGGAAUUCAUACCAAGGGGAGUUCUCUCAAUUCAAGGAAUGUAGGAAACAGUCCUUUGGAAAUUACUACUACUAAACAUUAUGUUUCUGAUAUAAUAUCAAGCGUUUCGUGAAAAAAGAAAAAGGUAGCUGUUGUGAAUAAACAUACUCCUAUGUAAAUAGAAGCUGUAAAAUCAUCAGAUAGCUAAUCAAGACAGCAACAUAGCAACAUUAAACUCAUAUAUGAGUGGUUCCUGAGAAUGUAGGACUUAAUGUUUUUGAGAGUUUUUUGGUUUCUUUGUUUGCUUUUUAGGAUGCUACAUUACAGGAAUUGUAUGUUCAGUUUGAAUCAUGUUUGAAAAGGCAUUGUAUCCUUAUUAGAAUAAUCUGUAAGAUACAUGGUAAGAUUACCCAUUUUAAAUAGCACAACCAUGUUAGUAUCUUAAUAUGCAUUGUCAUUGAAUUAAUAUUUGAUAAGUAUAAAGAAUGCUUCUUCUUGAACUUUUUCCUGGCAUUUAUAAAUGUAUUUGAUCAUUGUUAAUGAACUAAAUCUUCCAUAAAGAAGCCAAU